UUAUAAACAAUUUUACAUUUUAUUGGAUAGAUUUUGUCUUAAAGUACAAAAGUGAUCAAGAUUUGAUGAAAGCCUUUCCUCUGACGCUGUUCCUGUCAGACGGCUUCUCUUCUCUUUACUUCUGGCGGUUUUGAUUGAAUUAUGCUCAUAGAACCAUUUGCAUGUCCAAACAAAUGGACUCCCUUCAAAGUCUCAUCUCGGAUAAAAAACAGAGCUUGCAAACGAUCGCACACAAACUCGGGGUCAAUAGGUAACACAACACACACACAGUUUGACCACAAUGCACAGCACACAAACACACGGUUUGACCACGAUACACAUCAGCACACACGGUUUGGUAAGACCUCAAUUUGCAUCCAGAUAGGCCACUUCCAUGCUGACAAACCAACCUGAAGCCACAUCCUCCACCUCUUUCCUUCUCUCAUUUCUUCUCCUGGUCUUUCUCAAAGAUCCCCUCACACCUGACAAGCCAGACCCCACCCACCUCCUUUAUCUGCUCUCUGAUUGGCUGCCUGCAGCUGUCAGUCACGCUAAGUGAGAAGAGUUCUGGUUUGGGGUUGCGGACAGGCCUGGCCUUGGGUUCGGACGUCGGCUUUGUGCACUGACAGAUUUAGGUUUUGGGGUUUAUUUGGGUUUCAGCCUCUCUGACCGCCACCGACCAACACUGCUCUGCUGCUCGCACCAAACAGGUUUUUUUAAUGGCUUCCAACAGUCUGUUCAGCAGCUCCAGCCCCAUGCUGUACUGGGACACCGUGGGUAAAUGUCGGCCGGCUCCAUCCCCUAAACUUCACCAGCUGGAUGAGCAGGAUGUGAGAGCUCCAUUGCAGCAGCACAGCACAGCAUCCCAAAGAGGCCUGGUUCACACUGACAGCCCCAACUUCCUCUGCAGCAUCCUGCCACAGCACUGGAGAUGUAACAAGACCCUGCCCAGAGCUUUCACAGUGGUUGCUGUCGGUAACGACGUGCCAGACGGGGUGGUUGUGACGGUGAUGGCGGGCAAUGAUGACAACUGCAGCGCUGAGCUACGCAAUGCCACAACAACCAUGAAGCAAGGUUAUGCCCAAUUCAACGAUCUUCGCUUCAUUGGUCGCAGUGGCAGAGGGAAGACCUUCACCCUAUCAAUCAAUGUGUUGACCUCACCUCCUCAAAUAGCCACAGUACACAGAGCAAUCAAGAUUACUGUGGAUGGACCCCGUCUGCCAAGACGUCAGAGACAGAAAGAGCUGAACUCAGGAAUUUUCCGGCCUCCCAGCAGCAUCAGCAGCUCUGCCCCAAUAGACUGCAGGUCCUUUUCCUCCUCCCUGUGGAACAAUGAGCCCUCAUUUCUUGGUCAGGUCACAUCUCUGACAUCCUCCUUCACUCCUGCUCCCAGACUGCAUCACCUGCCCUCUGGCCCCUUCUCCACCCAUCCUCCUCCAUACGCCUCCUAUUUGUCCUCUGCUCCUUCUGGUCCCCCUCCGCUGAGCCACAGUGGUCCCUUCCAGCCAGGCAGUUUCUACUACGGGUCCAACCAACCACUCCAAAGCACAGGGGAGGACCGCAACAUUGUUGCUACCAUGUCCAAUUACAUAGAAGGGGCGUGUCUUAACAUGAGGGGGGAGGAGCCUGUCUGGAGACCUUACUGAUGGCAAUAAGUUCAGAUGUAACCACAUGUUUUAUUUUGUUUGUUCACUCAUAAUGUCUUAUUUGUUGCAUGUAUUAUUGCUUUAGAUGAAUAUUCUUUUCACAUUUUAGAAAACUCUGUACCAAUCUGACUGUAUGAUCUGGUUGAAUUAUCUCUGUAAAAUGCAUUAAGAUGACAUGUUGUUAAUG